AUCAAACAAGGAAGUGAAAUACCUUGGACACACCUGACAAAUAUGGCUUCCUCUCAGCCGUUUGGAGGAGGUCAAGUUCCUGUUAACUGUAAAUUAUGUAAAACAGAUAGACCAAUACAGUGGAAAUGCAUGGACUGCAAAAUUCUGAUGUGUGGUUAUUGCAAGGACAAUGUUCAUUCUCAAUUCAAAAAUGCACUUGAUCAUAAGAUAAUCAGUAGAGAAGAAAUUGGAUUGCAUACUGAAGAACUGGAUUUUACCAAUAUUAAGUGUGAUGAACACACUGGACAAUCAUCAUGUCUUUAUUGUAAUAUGUGUGAGAUCCUAGUGUGUCCAACCUGUGUUGCCAAAGUUCAUAAGAAGCACGAUUUAAUCGAAAUUAGUGAUGCAUACAACAUCAAAGUAGAAAGACUUAAAAAAGAACAAAGUAAAAUACAGAAGAGUAUUUCUAACAUGAAUAUGAAAAAAAAACAGCUCAAUAAACUAGUGUUAGCAGAGAAUUCACAGUAUUCAAAAGAAAGCCAAAAUAUUCUAAGGCAUGAAAAAACUGUAAAACAACAAGUAGAACAAUAUUUUAAAGAACUCAAAAGUAAACUGGAACAGAAUCACGAAACUGUUUUAUUAUCAGUCAAGUCAGAUCUUAAUGCUAUAUCAUCAUUCACAAACCAGAAGGAGGACACAAUCAAUGAAGUCCAGGACUGUAUUGACAUUUCCAAUGCCUCAGAGUUCUUCAAAGAGGUCAAGAAGAUGGAAAAAUUCACAGAAACCCAAGAACCACGAACCAAGUCUAGCUAUGCUUCUUCACAGAAGUUUGUUCCAGGGAAUGUUACCCAAUCAAACAUUGGAUCAUUACAAGAUGAUGGAAACUUGUCAGCAGAAAUAAACAUCUCCCUAGUCAUCAAUAGAGAGUACCAGACUACACUUGAUCUGAUAUUCUAUGUAGGUCCAUGCCUUGACCAGUCAAUUUGGAUAAGUUCUGGUUAUCACGGAAUGUUACAGAGAGUAAAACCUGAAGGAACCAAUCUGAAGGUGAUGUCUAAAUUUAACAUUAUAGUGUGUGGAAUGGCAGUUACUCCAUCUAAUCAACUUCUUCUGUCUGCUAAAGGGAAAACAAGGUUACAACAAAUCAGCAGUAGUGGUGAACUGACUGAAUCUGUUUAUGAUGUAACACCUUUUCUUCCCAUAGUCAUUCAUGUUGUCAGUGACAAUAAACUUAUAAUAGGAGCUUUAAAAAGUGAACUAAAAAGAAGUGCUGUGAUCAUUAUGAACAAGAAAGGAGAAAAGGAAGCUGUAUAUGAACAUGAUAAACAUAAUCAACCUUUGUUUACCUACACUUGGCGUUUAACCAGUACCAGUACUGGAAAUAUACAUGUAGUGGAUAAGAUUUCAGCUGACUUCAGUGGUAAAGUAGUGAUCUUAGGACAAGAAGGACAUAUAAUAAACCAGUAUACAGGUCAUCCUACCAUCAAUAAGAGUACACCAUUCAAACCAGAAGACAUUGUGACAACACCAAGUGACAAUGUUGUUGUGAUGGAUUAUGAUACUGAAAUCUUGCACAUCCUCAAUGACAAUGGUUAUUUGAUUUCAUAUUUCAAUACAAAGGAUAUAGGAAUAGAGUUUCCAUAUUCUCUUGCCAUCAACACAUCUGGACAACUUUAUAUAGGAUGUACUAAGGCUGAAGGUGACGAAGCUAAGGAAGCAAAACUAUAUGAAAUAAACAUUGAAGGAUUCUAA